AGAUGCGUGACGUCGAAAUGGGUUUGUGAUGGACAUAAUGAUUGUGAAGAUGGUUUCGAUGAAUUGAACUGCAGUGCGGAGAAUGAUUCAUGGUGCGCCGAUCAGUCUAUCUGCUUUAUGAAAGAUAAGAUCUGCGAUAACAUCAGGCAAUGCCCGGAUAAUUCAGAUGAAAGACACUGCUCCUGCCUGCCCUUCCAAUACAAGUGCGCGAUGAGUGGUGAGUGCAUACAUUGGAGCUGGCUCUGCGAUGGCAUCAACGACUGUCGACAGGCCGAUGACGAAGACAAGUCCAGAUGCAGUCAACCGGAUCAGUUCCAAUGUAAGAAGUGGAAGUGCAUAAGAAAGGAAUCACAAUGCAAUGGAGUCUCAGAAUGUUCAGACGCUUCCGAUGAACAAAAUUGCAGUGAAUUU